CUGAGUGUCGCUGCAGCUGCUUUCAUUUACUUACAUUCACGUCAGAGCACCGUGCACUGUUUUUGUUUCCACCAGCUGAAGGUUUUAAGCGUCCCCGGUCUUCAUGGGUCUUGCUGAAACCAGAGUUUGCGCUCCUCUCGAAGUCCAAACUGCAAACUUAAAGGAGAAAAAGUCCUCAUGGUCCUUUUUAGUGCCGCUUUUCUCUUUUGGUAUGGGAAACUGCUUCGACUGGCCUCUGAGAACGAUGGUCCAGGAUGCUGACAGGAGGUUCAGAGGGGUGCUGUCCUGUGAGCAGAUGGGCCCGGCAGGGUAUCUCGGGCCUUAUCGGGACUCGAUUGUUUCCGUGACACAAAACUGCGUUCUCGUGAGCAACAUACUCGGGCAAACCUGUGUCUUCCUGAGUAAAGGCAUAGCCACGUGCAGGCAGGCUGACAGAGAGCUGAGGCCAGAAGAGAUGGACGAGUUGCGGGACGCUUUCAAAGAGUUUGACAAGGACAAGGACGGUUUCAUCAGCUGUAAAGACCUCGGGAACUGUAUGAGAACGAUGGGAUACAUGCCCACUGAGAUGGAGCUGAUUGAACUGAGUCAACAGAUAAACAUGAACUUGGGAGGUCAUGUUGAUUUUGAGGAUUUUGUAGAGUUGAUGGGCCCAAAACUCCUCGCCGAAACCGCAGACAUGAUCGGGAUAAAAGAGUUAAAGGAGGCGUUUAGAGAGUUUGACAUUAACGGAGACGGUGCCAUCAGCACAUCUGAGCUCCGAGAUGCGAUGAGGAAGUUGUUGGGCCAACAGGUCGGUCUGAAGGAAGUAGAAGAUAUCCUGAGGGAUGUUGACUUGAAUGGUGACGGACUUGUUGACUUUGAAGAGUUCGUACGAAUGAUGUCUCGCUAACAUCGGGAAAUGAUCGGUCCUGAAUGUGAAGCCGUUGUCCUUCUCUGUACUUGACCAAGUAUAAACAACUGAGGACGGGACGCGCCGAGAUCUCUGAGCCACACGAAUCUGAAUGACACUGGAAUGAAAACUCCUCGAAUGUUAACGGAGCGAGGAGUCACCUCACACUUUCAAUCAAUAAGUGUUCUUCCUGAAAACGUCUCCAACUGAGGCAGAACUUGCUGUAGCCUAGCUGAUGAUUGUCCGACUUGUUUUUGCACUUUAAUUCUCACUAAAUAACUUCCUGUGUGGAUAGAUUGCUGGUGUCUUGUCUCAUACUCCACUGUAAAACCAGAUACGUUUAUUUAACUAAAAAAAAACUGUUUAAACUGAUUACAUUGAACAUUUUAGGUUGAACCAACUCAAUUUUUUAAGUUGAACAAACAUUCUUGAUCAAGUAGCUUCAGUAAUUUUAAGUUAUACUGACUUAACUUAUUAAAACUUAAAUAAAAAGCACUUAAUCAGGAAUGUUUCUGUAACUUACAAAACUAAGUUGGUUUAACUUAAAAUUAAUAGUAAAAGCUACUGACUCAAUAAUAUUUCUUUACUUAAAAAAAAUAGUUAGCUUUACUUAAAAUAUUCAAUGUAAUCUGUUUCUAAAAUUGUUUUGAGUUAAAAUAACUUAUUGCACUGUUAAACCAGAUAAGUUCAUUUAAAUCAAAGAAACGUUGAAACUGAUCACAUCAACAAUUUUAUGUAAAACUAACUUAAUUUUUUAAGUUUAAGUUAAAAAACAUCCUUGUUUAAGUAGCUUUA